UGAAGAGAUGACGUAAUGAAGAGUCUCCAUUCCCAACCUAGGACAACACUGUGUUGAAGAACAAAACUUUGGUGAAGUCGGAUUCCAGGAUUACAGAAAGUUACUUAAAGUCUUUUGACGCUUUCUUUGUUGAUUUUAACGUGCAAUACGUGACCCAGAUGUGGAAUUAUUGAUGGAUUCGCGGUAUGAGAUUCAGCGGAGGGCCGGUGGAAGUGGCUUUAGCGGGGGCUCCGCCAAUGCAUCCCCCGCUCUCACCGGAGCUCAGUCUCGGCGCAAGAAGAUGCCACCUAGACCGGCCGACUAUAAACUUCAAAUAAUCAUCAUUGGCUCCAGGGGGGUUGGUAAGACCAGCCUAAUGGAAAGGUUCACAGAUGACACGUUUUGUACAGCCUGCAAGUCAACUGUUGGGGUGGACUUCAAGAUCAAAACGGUGGAGCUGCGUGGGAAGAAGAUCCGUCUGCAGAUCUGGGACACAGCGGGACAGGAGCGCUUCAACAGCAUCACGUCGGCCUACUACCGAGGGGCCAAAGGCAUCGUGCUGGUCUACGACAUUACCAAGCAGGAGACCUUUGAGGACCUGCCCAAGUGGAUGAAGAUGAUUGACAAGUACGCGUCUGAGGAAGCUGAGCUUCUGCUGGUGGGGAACAAGCUGGAUUGUGAGACGGACAGGGCCAUCACACGACAGCAGGGAGAGAGGUUUGCCUCCAGGAUAUCUGGCAUGCGCUUCUGUGAGUCGAGUGCCAAGGACAACUUCAAUGUGGACGAGAUCUUCCACAAGCUGGUUGACGACAUCCUCAGCAAAAUGCCUCUGGAGAUCCCCAGUAAAGAGCUCUCCAACAGCGUCCUCUCCCUGCAGCCUGAGCCUGAGGUCCCUCCAGAGCUGACCCCCCCUCGAACCCGCUGCUGCUGAAAUCCCCUCCCCAUUACACCUACCCCAUAUACAACCCCCUUCUGACCACACACACACACACACACUCACGCACAGUCACACACACACACACUCACACACACAUACACACUCACUCACACACACACACACUCACACACACACACAUACACACACACAUACACACUCACAUAUCGACACACAUUCCCCCUGAUCCUCCUGACCCUGUUGCAUCAUUGUGGUCUCCAGCCUCCUGAUGUUCAGCUUCAAGUGUCACGGUGACCUUGACAUUGACCUUUACGCUUCACACCUUUGACCCUGUGACCCAGAGAAUCACUUCAAUCCCUGUCCUUGCUCUGAUCCCAGCCCAUCCCAGGUUUCAGCUUGUGUUCAUGCAGUUCACAGGUCUGACCAGCAGAGAACCACAGAGGGCCUCCAAGGCACGCUCCACGCUACCUGUCAGCUUUCUUGAUUAGUGGUGAAAGUUACAUGCAGAAAUGACAUGCAUAAAAACACACACACUCUCUCUCUCUCACACACACACACACACACACACACACACACACAAUGCCCAGCCUACCUCAUAUCCAUCACAGCUGGGUGUACCAUUCAAGGUGCCUUGCAGAUGAUCACACCCAAUCUCACACACCCUUGGCAGUUGUAUGUACACACACACACACACACACUAAACAUAUAACCCACAGUAUAUACACAAAUGCGCUAUGCAGACACGGACACACACUAAAAAAACAUACACAGAUACACACCGACUUCACAAGACAAACAUACACACACAUACUGCACAGUGCACACAUACAGUAGCCUGCAAUUCUGUGCUGCCCUCUGUGAGACUUUAAGAGAAUUAAGAACAAAUGUCUUGUAAGUGAUCCAGUUGGCAGCCCAUGGCCUGGCCUCUCUUUGGAGGAUGAAGCUCACCAAGAGCUCCCCACUCACACGGAUUCAGCACAUGAUGCUGCUCAUCUGGAUCUGCAUUGGAUCUGUCCUAGACGUGGGCCAGGUGCAGGCCAGGUGUGGGCCAAGUGUGGGCCAGAGUGUGAUAUUCCCUGGGAAGGCACGUUUCAUCAUGCACUUGUCUCGCCUUCUCUCUCCUGCUCAGCCCUGCGUGGCCCCUAAGAACAGCGCCCCCCUCGGGUGAGGUGUUGUUAUCAACCGAGACGGACUUUGAUUCAAGAUCAAAGUGAGUAUAUUAUCUUAAAGAAGUGAUUACCGUCACGUCAACCGCACAGAAGUGGAUAAACACAGUGUCCCUCCUCCCAGAGCGCUUUGCAGAUGAAGAUCAAGCCAUGACACCGCACUUAUAUGAAUCGGUCCCCCAACCCAGAUCAAGCAGUAGAACGGAGCUGGUGUGAAGGUCUCAGCAGCAUAUCAGCCCAAAUAUCAGUAGUGGGCAUUUCAACAGCGACAGACAGACAGCAAAGGUCAAGGGUCGUCAACAGAGGGGUUGUGUCACCACAGACCCAUUUUAUGACGUUAGCUCAGAUCACUCUUUUUCUUUACAUUUUGUUUUGUUUUCGUUUCAGUGGCUCCACAGAAGUGUUCCUUGAGGAAGAUUUUUUUUUUUUAAUGUAUUUCAACAUAAAAUGAAAUGUAUUUCAUUUUAUGUUGCGCAUUGGCAAUAGUUGGGCCUUAAUAGUUGCCAUCUCCUAAGCUCCCUUGAGUUUGCCCUGUGCCAUAACAGUAUUCUAUGUACUUUGACAAAAAAUGGGUUCUUUUAUUUGUUUGUUUGUGAUUGGACCUGUAACUGUUUUUUGCACUACAAUUCGUUGUAGCUAGCUUUGCCUACGUGCCACAAUGCAAAACAUAUGCACAUAAGGAAAGGUGACUCGGACUCGCCUGGUGUUUCUCUGGGAAACACUCGUCAUAUUUACGAGUCAUGUGUUUCCAUGGCGACGCUCUCUAGUUGCAUGGAAGGAAACUCCACUCAACCCCAAGCACAAAGACGUCUCAUGGUAGUGAUGGGAGGGCACACUGCAAAAUGGCCGCCUCCAUCAAACCCAGGAAACACACAAAGUCAGAGUAGGGGAGCAGUCAUCUCUUUGUUGUUGUUAAACCCCCAAAAAUGCACCUAUAAUUACAAACCUAAUAUAGUGAAAAUCUGCUUGUGAAAAUGCAAUUGCACAUUUCUUUUGAAAACACCUGUUGGUCAACCUGCUAAUGGCCACCAGUCCAGAGUGCAUUGGGGUCAGAUCUGCCCCUGCAGCACAGUAAAGCCUGCUUAUACGAAUCUGAUUUCACUUAGCCGACUACAAGUCUUAUUGGGGGGUCCACCUGGCCAUUCUGAGUUUAGUGUCAUCCGCAAUCAAGCAAGCCUGUGUCAGCUUAUCGUUCUAAACACCAGUGGCAAUAUUAGCGCACCCCAAAGCAGACCUUCACUGUCACUGAUGUGGCCAGUGCAUUUUAGAGCUGUCUCACUGCAGUAUUUCUACAGUAUAACAUGGAUGACACAAGCGACGGUGUGUAAUUGGUACUGAUGCCAAUGACGUCAUCAGGCGUGAAAUGCUGAUUGCUUCCCAUCCCAGCAGAUAGAGAUUGGGCCCCCCGUGGAGCUGCUGUACCACCCAAUCACUCGCAGCGUACUUAGCCAGGUGCAGCUGAAAGGGUUUGGGAGACUUCAGACUCCAGGUCAGAGCUGGGUUCAGUCAGCUGUGAUUGUAAGACCUGCAGGGUGACUGGCGGCUCAUCUCUGAUUCUAAAGUAGUCUGGGCGCUGUCUUCCAUGGGCAGAUAUCUGACCACUGGUGUUCAUUUCAGGCUAGUCCUACACUAAAAGCAAAUUUCAAUGUAAAUCUCCAUCUCCAUCUUAGGCCACGGCUAGGCUUAAUGCAUGUAAGGGAAAUGGGUCGCCAUUACAUAACCGUGGAUUGCACAUCUAGUAUUUGACAUUGUGACUGGUAUGGAAAAGCACAUUUAAUAUGUAAAGAAAUGCAGCAUUCUCAAUGAUCUCUGUCCAGUGAUCUAAGGGUUUUCCUUCUGUUUUCAUUUGGCUCCAAUGCAGAGAUUGCCUCCGUGAGGAAGAAAGCCCGCCCAUUUCCUUUGACUACCAGAAUACCUAGUGUUUUUUAGUAUCAUUAUUGCUCUUAGGUUUGACCCUAAGGCAGCACAAAUAUGCCAAUUCAUGGACUGGUAAAUUUGAUUGGUUGGUUGGUUGAUAUGGACUAGUGCAACCUGUGAACAACCCAAAAAAUCAAGAAAGCAUGAGACCAUGCCUUUAGAGUGAUUCGGCAAAGAGGGUUGAGUGGCCUUUCAGUGCGUUUUGAACAUCCAUCAUGCCAAGCACAUAUCUCUGUGGACUGCUUAGUAAUUAAGGUCAGGAUACCGUCUCCAUGGGAACACUAAUGACUCCUGUGGUGCAUCUGUGUUUGUUUAUCUGUCUGUUUUUGUUUUUAUUUACUAAUGGAGUUAUUGCAGUGUUACGCGAUGCGGGACAUGGACAUACCCCACCCCACAGGUUAAGGGAGUAGCUGGUGUUUAGAUGUUUAAUCUGAUGUUGGGCCACAGAACAACCUGGUGGAGAUGUUUGCCCUAUAAAGUGGGCAUGAGACACUAUGUAAUUGGCAUAUUUCACAAGAUGGAUGUUUCAUGUCCUCUUUAACUUGGGUUGAGGGUUGGAUGGGAACUCAUCUCUCCUGUCAGUGGAGGAACUGAUCUGUGGGUGACCUGCAUUGUAUUUUAGAAUCAGAGAAGCUCAUGGUUCAUCUCAGCUACACUUAUCUUUAACACUGUCUUGGCAAGGUGUUUAGCCCCCCCCCCGAUGACCCAUCAUCUUUAUUUGUCAGCUACUUUCUCUCGUCUCUUCUCUUGAGUUGUUUUUUGCCAAGUCUUUUUGUCAUCAUGUUGAAGAUGUGCUAACCUCAGACUAGUGUUAUUUUGCCAUCAUCAGUUUGUGCCAUGUGUUUAUGUGACUAGGUACACUGUUAAGAGGCUUCACUUUAAAGUUUCACAAAGUGCUUUUUAAUUUUUGGUUAUGGGAGAGCAGGACGGCAGGUGCUCGCUUGCACAUCAACUCCAGCCAGUUUCUGACUGCUGUCGGCUGAAUAAGCUUUGACACAAAGCGACUGGACAGUUUGGCUGAGCCCUUUGAAACAAAAUGGCUGCAAGAUCAGUGACUUUUUGUUAACAUUACAAAAACUUGAGUUGUAAUUUUCUGCACCGUUGGACAGCACUUGUUAAGGAGGACUUGAAUUUUGAUUGUUGAUUAUGAUGCAGUUGUGAUACGUGUGAGCCGCCUGCCUCAGUGUUGAUGUAAUGAUUUAUGAAGGGUUAGCCUGUUCAUUUAGCAAUAAGUGUGCCACCCCCACCACUAUCACAGGCCAUUCAGACCAGAACUGGUGUUUUACUGGAUCCUGGUCUGAACCAGUCUGGACAAGCACUCGCACUCCUCUCUCUCUGUCUGUCUCUCUCUCUAUUACUCUCUCUAUCUCUAUCUCUCUCUCUCCAUAUUGUACAGACAUGCCUUACCCUCACCCAUUUUGAAAUAUGACUUUUUUUAUGUGUCAUUGAAAUUGUAAUAGAAGGAACAAAAAAUUCAGUACAAACCCUUGUUGAAACAGCGGGCUCUUUUGAAAAUGUUUGUAUGAAUAGGUGGACUUUAGACAUCUCUUAUAGACGGCAUGUUUUCAGCAGUUUUGUGAUAUUUAUAACUUUGUGGCAUUCUUUAACUAAUGAAGUGCAAAUAAAGAUGAAAUAUAUAUUUA